AUGCUCAUACAGGACAGCUUUGUCGAUGUGAAAACGUCUUCCAAUGACAUGCGUGUGCAUCUGUUCACACCAAAGCUACAAAAUGGCUCUACUGCCAAAUUCCCUGCUCUCAUCGUCUUCAGCGAGAUAUACCAGGUAACUGGCCCAGUCAAACGUCUUUGUCGUCGUCUCGCAGGCGAGGGCUUCCUUGUAGCCAGUCCAUGUGUCUUUCAUGAGUCUGAAGGUGCUCGCGAGAUGCGGUAUGAUGCCGAAGACACCAAGCUGGGUAAUGAAUUGAAGCUCACCAAGAAAUCGGAGGCCACCGACGAAGACUUGCGCUUGACGGUCGAUACAUUACUUGCCUUGCCACAGUGUAAUGGUCGAGUGGGAGCUACAGGCAUCUGCUAUGGCGGCCAUCUUGCCUUCCGUGCAUUCAAAGACCCGCGAGUGUCUGCCAUUGUAACCUUUUUUGGUACAGACAUCCACUCAGGCACACUAUCGCCAAAUGGUGAUGAUUCUCUGAGGCUGGCGAAGGAAGGACACAUUGGCAAGGAUGUCGAGAUGCUGCUUAUCUUUGGCAAGCUCGACAACCAUGUCCCGCGUGAUGGUCGCGAUCUAAUCCGCAGCACACUCGAUAACGCAGGCGUUCGCUUUACCUGGUUGGAAUUGGCCAACGCACAGCAUGCAUUUGUUCGCGAUGAAGAUGAGAAGGGCCGAUAUGAUCCUGCCAUCACACAAUGCUGCAUCAGCUUGGCAUUGGAGCUCUUCAGCCGUACCAUCUGUCUAUGA